UACUACCACAGACAUAAGUACAUACCUACAUAUUAUGCUUACCAAAUUACUUGUAUACUUAGGUGUUAAUAUCGGUAUACUAAAGUAACAAUACUUUAUUUUAAUAAUGACUAACGUUUUUGUUUUUCAUGUGCGCUUCCAAUAUCCGCAUCUGCAAGAAAUUUUAGAAGGUAUAUAGUUACAUUUGUAUAGUUUUGACUAGAAUUUCAUCUAUAAGAGCUUCCACUAUGUUAUUUUAUUUUUGACGUUGCCUUACGUCUGGUAAAUAAAGUUGGAAUCAACUUGUCGCAUUGCGAAAAUAAAUAAAAUAAAAUAUUUACCUACAGAGUUAUCGGACUCUCCUCGACCAAAAAUGUUUAAAGGAACAGUUCUGAUAAUAAUUUUGCUAAUGAUUGUUGAUUUAAAGUUUUACGAUACAUUUGUAGUAUAUUGACAUGCAUGUGGGUAGAUUGUAUAGGUGGUGGAAUCAGUUGAGAAUAAACGGUCAUCAAGCACACACACGUCUUCUCAUUAUUCACCGAUACUAUAUUGGCUAACGAGGAUAAAUUAAGUGUUUUAGUGUUAUUAUUAACGUUAAAAUCAGUGCGUGUACACGUAUCACUAAAAUAAAUCAUGUCCGUGGGAGAAAUCGGCGAGUUUAAUGUAUCAGUGGGAAAUUGGACCUUAUACGUAGAACGCCUAGAAAUGUUUUACAAAGUAAAUGAGGUUAAAGACGAAAUGUGGUUACCUACAUUAAUUGCAGUCAUCGGGGACGAAGCUUACGAAUUACUCAGCAAUUUGGUGAGCCCUAAGAAGCCGGCAACAAUGAGCUAUAAUGAGGUAGUGAGCAUCUUUCAAAACCACCUGCAACCGAAACCCUCAGAGAUGGCCGAACGCUAUCGGUUCCGACAGCGGAGACAGCAAUUAGAAGAAACGGUAGCCCAGUAUAUGACGGAGUUGAAAAAACUGUCAAAAUAUUGUGAGUUUGGUGCGAAUUUAGAAGAUAACCUCCGUGACCAAUUCGUGUGCGGUUUACGGAGUGACGUUAUUAGGCAGAGACUGUUCGCGGAGGAAAAACUGACCUACACAACGGCUAUCAAAUUGUCAAUCAGCCUGGAGGCGGCGGAACGGGAUGCGGCAGCAGUGGAGCACGUGGAGCAGCGUAGCGACGGCGGCGGCGGCGGCGGCGGCAGGGCGGCGGCGGGGGCGCCCGUGCUGUCCCUAGCCCCCGCGGGGGCGCGCGCCUCACACGGUCGCGGGCGCACCGCGCCGACCUCGGGAUCGGCUACUGGACAACGGCCGGGAACACAGGCGCCAUGCACAGCAUGCGGGGCGAAUACACACAGCUGGGCUCGCUGCAGAUUCAAGAAUUUUAUCUGCAGCAAAUGUAAACAGCGGGGACAUCUUCGCCGGCAGUGUCCCAACCCAGGGGCAGGCCCGUAUCGCCGCGACGGCAGGGGCAUCCACCACGUGGACACGCGCCUAGACCAGGCGGCGCCGCCGCGGGACGAGGAGGCGGAGGACAGCUUGUCCGAGCUGGAGGAGGACCUUCACCAACUUAGCUUGAACGGCUACAGACCGGUAUAAAGGGCUAUUCAGCGGUGGACUGGGAAGGUACAGCAGGGGCAAGGCGCGGCUCCGUGUCCGCGAGGGCAGCGUGCCCGUGUUCUGCCGCGCGCGCCCUCUGCCGUACGCCCUGCGCGAGCGCGUGGAGGCGGAGCUGGACGGCAUGCUGCGGGAGGGGAUCAUUGAGCCUGUGGAGACGGCGGACUGGGCCACGCCGCUCGUGCCGGUACCUAAGGCCGAUGGAGGAAUACGCAUAUGUGCGGACUAUAAGGUAACCCUAAAUCCUGUCUUGCUGAUCGAUAAAUACCCAUUACCUAAAGUUGAGGACUUAUUCGUAGGAUUAAGUGGGGCUAACUAUUUUUCAAAAAUCGAUCUCUCACAAGCGUACAACCAGAUUGAACUCGAGGACCCAGAAAAUUUAACAGUCAUUAAUACGCACAAAGGUUUGUUUAAAUAUAAACGGCUAGUUUACGGGUUGUCGUCGAGUCCGGGCAUUUUUCAACGGAUAAUGGCGUCAUUGUUGAAGGACAUCCCAAAUGUACAAGUCUUUUUGGAUGAUAUUAUUCUAGCUAGUCAGGAUAUUAAAACACAUUUGUUAUUAAUUGAGGAAGUAUUUAAAAAACUACAAGACGCGGGCUUGAAAUUAAAAGAAAAUAAAUGUUUCUUCAUGCUAAACGAAGUUAAGUACUUAGGCUAUAUAAUUUCUAAAGAUGGUAUUAAAGUAGACCCGGAAAAAGUAGACGCGGUGGUCAAAAUCGCGAGUCCGACCAAUAUCUCUCAAUUAAGGUCAUUUAUUGGAUUGGUAAAUUUCUAUGCACGAUUUGUGCCAAAUAUAAGCACGGUUUUGUCACCACUAUAUAAAUUACUCAAAAAGGGAAUUCGGUGGAACUGGAACACCGAAUGUGAAUUAUCAUUUAACAAGAUUAAAGCCAUUUUAUGCAGUACGGAGGUUCUCGCUCAUUACGAUCCAACAAAAAAAUUAAUAUUAACCUGUGACGCGAGUCCAGUAGGUAUUGGCGGGGUAUUGACCCAAGUAGGAGCGGACGGCUGUGAGCGACCGGUCUCAUACAUAUCGCGCACCUUAUCACCCGCGGAGCAAAACUAUUCGCAAAUAGACCGUGAGGCACUGGCAAUAGUGUUCUCUUUGCAAAAAUUCCACCAAUAUGUUUACGGCCGGAGAUUUGUUUUACGCACGGAUCAUAAACCGCUCGUGAGUAUUUUCGGGCCUAAGAAAGGCAUUCCAAUGAUGGCCGCGAGUAGAUUGCAGCGGUGGUCAGUUAUAGUGGCGGCGUACAGUUACGAUAUUGAGUACAUAAACACUACAAACAAUGGGGCGGAUAGUUUAUCACGGUUACCGAUAGCAGCAAAAGCUAAAGAUAUAUUGAAAUAUCCGGAGCAGAGUUAUUUACAUUAUGUAAACAAUAGUAUGCUACUCGACUAUCAAGAGAUAAAAAAACAAACGAGCCGUGACCCGUUACUUAGUAGAAUAUUGGGCUAUAUUCGAGACGGAUGGCCCGAGCACAACGAAAUUAGGUCAUUACAACCUUAUUUUAACAGAAAGACUGAGUUAUACGAAGAAUUAGGGUGUAUAAUGUGGGGUCACCGUAUUGUUAUACCUACUAAUUGUACUGAAAAAGUGUUGAAUGACUUACAUGAAUGUCAUAUGGGCAUUGUAAAAACAAAGGCGAUAGCCCGUAGCUACGUCUGGUGGGCGGGCAUUGACGAGGCGGUGGAGGCAAUGUGCCGUUGCUGUGCCGUGUGCGCCGCCGAGGCGGACGCGCCGCCGCGCCGGCCGCCGGCGCCCUGGCCGUAUCCAAACCAGCCAUGGGCCAGGAUACAUGCAGAUUUCCUUGGUCCCAUCGACGGGAAAUUGUAUUUAGUAGUAGUAGAUGCUCGAACAAAAUGGUUGGAGGUAUUUAAUAUACCGAGUACUAGUGCCCAUCACGUAAUCAGUAAAUUUAGCGAGUUAUUUGGACGAUGGGGCGUAGCAAAACAAUUGGUGACAGACAAUGGGCCACCCUUCACAAGCAAAGAAGUUUCAGAUUAUCUGAACAGAAAUGGAGUACAACAUUUGUUUUCAGCCCCUUACCAUCCCGCCUCAAACGGAGCGGCAGAAAAUGCAGUCCGAACCGUUAAAAGAGUAAUAAAAAAAGCUAGGCGACAAAAUCAUAAUUUAGAACUAGCUGCUGAGGCCUGACUGCACCGCGAGGGUACAGGCCGCGCAGCAACGUCAAGUCACCACACGGGGCGGCGCAGCGCGCCAGCUGCCCGACGGAGCGCCCGUGUGGCUGCGCCAGUACCAGGGGACGGACCGCUGGGCACCAGGCUCCGUCACUGAACGAGUAGGCACAACAGACUGUACAGUGGUAGAUGUUUCGGGACGUAGGGCAUAGGCAUAUCGAUCAGCUAAGACAGCGACAUAGGAGUUCCUUAGUAAAUCCUUCCACGCCGAUUACGGGACAGCCAGGGGACGAGGACACUCAGGUGGAGGAGUGGGUGUCCCCUCCGACGUCUCCGCAGGUCGAUGAUCACCUUGUACGCAGGGACGCCGAGGCCUCAACAGCCGAGGCCGUGCCAGCCACAGUGUCAGCGGCGGAUGAAAGAGACCGGGGUCCGCCAUCUCCUGCUGUGCCUUGCCGAAAAAACCCAGUCAGACAAUGCAGGUUACAAAACCCACCAGAAUAUAAAACAUAAUUUAGUUAUUUUUGUUAUUAAUUAGUUGUAAAACUAGAUUAUUAUGAUUAAGUAUUUUUACUUUUGUUCGAGUAAGCCAUUAAAGGCUAAGUUCUUCUUUCUAUUUCGAUGUAUAAGUUAAGUAAUGUACCUACUUGCAUAUAAGCUUGUUGUUAUGCUAGUACUUACCUUAAGUAAUUCAAGUUGACAGUAGGUAUUGAUAACGACAUUAAACACAUAAUACUGUAGUUGUUUAAGUUUAAUUACAGUUGGCCAUCAUUCAUGCUCAAUAAUUAUAUUAAAUAAUAAGUUAUAACAACAAUUACCGUACCAAUUAUGUAAACUGCAAUAAAAUUGAAAGCAUAAAUAUACCUACUUGAUGUAAGAAUUGUAGAUAAGUGAUUUAAAAAAAAAAAAAAAAUGUAUACCUAACUACUUUUUUUUUGUACAUUGUUAAAGAAUUACUAAAUAAAAAGGGUGUUAAAGCACAGUUAAUAAAUAAGGGGGGAAAAUGAUUAAGGGGAAGAUAUUGUAGUAUAUUGACAUGCAUGUGGGUAGAUUGUAUAGGUGGUGGAAUCAGUUGAGAAUAAACGGUCAUCAAGCACA